AUGGCGAAAAAGAGGACCAAGAAGCGCACCCAUGUCGGGGCGCAAAACCCCAACAAGGCACCGACCCCAAUCAACACCGGCAAUGCCUCGAUCCGCGACCCCAAGAGCAUGGUCAUCCGCAUCGGCGCCGGUGAGGUCGGCACGAGCAUCAGCCAACUGGCCACUGAUGUGCGGCGAGUGAUGGAGCCAGGCACGGCGAGCAGGCUCAAGGAGAGGAGAGCGAACAGACUGCGCGACUAUGUCACGAUGUGCGGACCGCUCGGCGUUACACACCUGAUGCUGUUCUCACGGUCAGAAUCUGGCAACACCAACCUCCGCAUAGCGUUGACCCCUCGAGGUCCCACGCUCAAUUUCAGGGUAGAGAAGUACUCGCUGGGUAGGGAUGUCAGGAAAGCUCAGAGGCAUCCCAAGGGCGGCGGCAAGGAGUAUCUGAAUCCUCCUCUGCUCGUCAUGAACAAUUUCUCCAGCGCAGAGUCCGACUCCACCUCUAAAGUCCCCAAGCACCUCGAGUCCUUGACGACGACAGUCUUCCAAUCCCUCUUCCCGCCCAUCAACCCCCAGAGAACACCCCUCAAGUCGAUCCGCAGAGUGCUCCUCCUGAACCGUGAGCAAUCAGAAGACGAUGAGGACGGUUCGUUCAUCCUCAACUUCAGGCAUUACGCCAUCACGACGAAGACCACUGGCAUAUCGAAGCCUCUGAAGCGGCUCAACGCCGCGGAGAAGCUGCUCCACUCCAAGAAGGGCAAGAAGGGCGGCCUUCCCAACCUGGGAAAGCUGCAGGAUAUCGCCGACUACAUGAUCGGCGGCGAGGAUGGCGAGGGCUACAUGACCGACGGCACGAGCGGCAGCGAGGCGGAGACCGAUGCCGAAGUCGAGAUCCUCGAGACUGCGCCGAGGAAAACCAUGAGCGCCAAGGCGAGAGCUGCUGCCGCGGCGGCGGAAGAGGAGGGGAAGCAAGGAGACGCCGAGGAGAACGUCGAGAAGCGAGCGGUGAAGCUCGUCGAACUCGGGCCCCGCAUGCGCCUGCGGAUGACCAAGGUCGAAGAGGGCCUGUGCUCCGGCAAGGUCAUGUGGCACGAGUACCUGCACAAGUCGCAAGAGGAGAUCCGAGAGCUGGAGCAGAAGUGGGAGAAGCGGAGGAAGGAGAAGGAGGCGCGCAGGAAGCAGCAAAAGGAGAACGUGGAGAAGAAGCUCAAGGCCAAGGCGGCAGCCAAGAAGGCGGCCGGCGAGGAUGACGACGAGGACGAGGACGAGAUGGAUAUCGACGACAUGGACAGCGACGACUACGAAGCGUGGGACAGCGAAGGGCUGGAGGGCGACGCAGAGAUGCAGCUGAACGAGGCCAAAGAGGAUGCAGGGGACUGGGAAGACGAAGAGGACGAGGAGUAA